AUGAAUAAGGAAGUGUGUAUAAGGUUCAAGAAUGUAAGGGAAUGGAUUCCCGAUGAAUUGGACAGUAGUGGAAAUUAUCAAUUUAAAGAUUAUAAAUUUUUAAAUAAUGAUUGUAAUCAUAAUAAUUUUUUAAAUAAUUAUUCUUGUAAUAAUUUUCAAAGUGAUUUGGGUAGAAUAAGUGCUGGAUGUUUAUAUUUGUUGGAUCAAUUAUAUAAGGAUUGUGGUGUGACUCCCUCUCCUGCAAGAAAUAACAUCAAUAUUGUUGAUUACAUUUUGAUAUGGUUAAGUUACAUGUUAAACCUGGGCGAAACUAAAAAAAACAAGAAUAUAAAUGAUUUUUAUAGUACAUAUAUAAAUAGUUGUGAUAAGUAUAAGAUGCAAAUAAGUGAAUUAACUGAUUAUGAUAAUUAUAAGGGUCUUAUAAAUGCAAGAAAUUAUUUGUUGCAUAUGAAUAGUGAUAUUGUAUCUAAAUUUUAUAAAGCAUUUAAAUCAUUAUGUGAAAUGUAUAAUGAACUUGAUGAUGAAAAUAAUGAUUGCGAGAAAUAUUCGGAAGAUAAUAAUGAAUUUUUAAAUAAAUAUUAUGAACUUAACAAUGAUUCUUAUAUUAAUAAUAAAGAUUCAUACCGUCAACUAUCGUCUACUUUAUUAGCUGAUUAUUAUAAUUUUAAAAAGGAAUGUAAAAGUGCUCAAGAAAGAAAACAUAAAGACACUACAGAAACAAUUAAACAAACAUAUCCUGCAGGUGCUGAACUAGCUAAAGAAUAUGGACUAGCUGAAGGAUAUGGACUAGCUGAAGGAUAUGGACUAGCUGAAGGAUAUGGACUAGCUGAAGGAUAUGGACUAGCUGAAGGAUAUGAACUACCUGAAGGAAAUGAACUAACUGAACAAUCUGGAGAAACUGGACAUAUUUCUGAAGUUACAUCAAAUUCGUCGAUAGUAAGCAAAUUAAUUCCAGUUGUGUCGAUAUUUGCUGCAAUAUCAAUUUUUUUAGGAAUUUCUUAUAAGUAUUCAUUAUUUGGAUUUCGGAAAAGAGUUCAAAAACAUUUAAGAAAAAUGCUAAAAAAAUAA